AUGUUGGCGAACACCCCACGGACGGCCAUACGGUCAACACGAGUCUUGAGAAUUCGUCAACCAAUCCGACCUAGACAACCUCGCAACCUCCGGUUUCAGUCCACCUCGACACCCAAGGAUGCAGCAUCAUCCUCAGCCACAAGCCCUGCUCUAUUGGGUGGCUUGGCUGGCGGAACAAUCGCGCUGGUGGGAGGCUACAUGUGGUACUACUUCUCGGGUGCGAAGACUGUUGUGAACAACGUUCAUGCUGCCAAAUCUUAUGUCGACAGCGCCUUCAAAAAGACAACCGAGGCCGCUCCUGAACCUAAUCAAGCUAUCCAAUGGCUCCGUGAAACGGUGAACAGCUACACAAAGAUGAUCCCCGGAGCCUCUAAGUACGUGGACUCAGCGUUCGAUGACCUCGACAAGGUGCGCGAAAAGCACGGAGAUGAUGUGGACAAAAUCAUUCAUCAAACAUAUGAGGAAUUGAAAGGCGUGACCAAGGCCGGCUUCAGCGUCGAGGCAGUCAGCAAGGCUUGGGAUGUGCUGCAAAAAUGCUUCAGCCGCAUCGCGAGUCUAGCCUCGGACGCUGCAGACGACAUCCUCGACAACCACCCCGAACUGAAGGAUAAAGUUGGUGGCAACCUUCAACAGCUCAAGAAGAUGGGCGAGCAAUACGGGCCCGAGGCCAAGCAGAAGGUCGAUGAGACAUGGCAGCAAGUCCGCGAUAUCAUGAAAGGUGGCGUUAGCAUGGAGACUGUGAACAAGCUACAAAGCUUGGUUCAAGAGAAGACACAGGAGGUCAAGAAAUACGGCGACCAAGCAUGGCAGAAAGGGCUCGAGCAAGCCAAGCCCCUUCUCGACAAGCAACCGCAAUUGAAGCAAUUACUCGAGACCAACAAGGACAAACUCCUCCAAGGCGACCUUGGCCAACUAUGGCAGAAGGUGCAAGAGGCGACCAAGUCAGGCAGCACAGACGAUCUUCAAAAGUUUGUCAAGGAGCAAGCCAGUAAAGCCACAGGCGGCGGUGGUGGAAUCGAACAAUUCCUCCAAAUGAUUCCCGGUGGAAAAGAGCUUGGGCCCAAGCUGCAACAGUUACAAGAGCUGAGCCAGAAGCACGGACAGGAGGCAGAGAAGUUGGUGAAGAGCGCAAUCGAGGAUAUUCAAAAGGUGCUGUCACAAAAGGUUGAGGAAGGUCAGAAGCUGAAGGAAAAGGCAAAGGCUGAUGCGAAAAAUCAAUAA